UUGUGAAAAGUAGAUAAACCCAACACCGAAUUCGGCAUUGUAAGUUGCAAAACCUCGUGGUUUCCGCAGACAAGUAACUCAACUCCCAACUGUUCCCUUCCCUUGUUAUCUCCGCCUCCCCCAAACAAAACCUCACUCCCUUCUCCCAAUCAUCUCACCACAGUCACAAUGUCAGUCUCCCGCCUCCACCUCCAGCUCUUCACACCCCCACACACAACCUUCCACCACCACCACACCAACCACCUCCCAUCUCCCACCCUCUCCUUCCCCCCUCGCCGCUUCCCCAUCAUCCGCGCCUCCUCCACAUCCCAAAUAAUCGCCUCCGACUCCAACGGAGCAGGACCAGGAGUUCCACCAGAUCUAGGCUCAAUCGAAGUCGACGCCGUCACCGAAACAGAGCUAAAAGAGAAUGGCUUCCGUAGCACCAGGAGAACGAAACUCGUUUGCACUGUGGGACCCGCUACGUGCGGGUUUGAACAGCUCGAAGCUCUUGCUGUUGGAGGAAUGAACGUUGCUAGAAUUAACAUGUGUCAUGGUACUAGAGAGUGGCAUAAAACUGUUAUCGACCGUGUUCGAAGACUUAACCAUGACAAGGGAUUUGCGGUUGCGAUUAUGAUGGAUACGGAAGGAAGUGAGAUUCAUAUGGGUGAUCUCGCUGGUGCUUCUUCUGCUAAAGCUGAAGAUGGUCAGAUCUGGACUUUCAGUGUUAGGGCAUUUGAUUCUUCUCUCCCACUUCCACAACGUACCAUCAAUGUCAACUAUGAGGGUUUUGCUGAAGAUGUGAAGGUUGGGGAUGAGCUUUUGGUUGAUGGGGGAAUGGUUAGGUUUGAGGUCAUUGAGAAGAUAGGUCCAGAUGUGAAGUGUCUUUGUACUGAUCCUGGCCUGUUGCUACCAAGGGCGAAUCUCACUUUCUGGAGGAAUGGUAGUUUAGUUCGAGAAAGGAACGCCAUGCUCCCUACAAUCUCUUCGAAGGAUUGGUUAGACAUUGAUUUUGGUAUUGCUGAGGGUGUUGAUUUUAUUGCCAUUUCAUUUGUCAAAUCUGCUGAAGUUAUUACUCAUCUUAAAAGCUAUAUUGCUGCAAGAUCUCGUGACAGUGAUAUUUCAGUCAUUGCAAAGAUAGAGAGUAUUGAUUCACUGAAGAACUUAGAGGAGAUCAUUCAAGCAUCAGACGGAGCUAUGGUGGCACGUGGAGAUUUGGGAGCUCAGAUACCUUUGGAACAGGUUCCAGCUGCUCAGCAAAGGAUUGUUCAGGUUUGCAGGCAAAGGAAUAAACCUGUUAUUGUGGCCUCUCAGCUACUUGAAUCCAUGAUUGAGUAUCCAACUCCUACAAGAGCUGAAGUAGCAGAUGUUUCUGAAGCAGUGAGGCAACGUGCCGAUGCUUUGAUGCUUUCUGGUGAGUCAGCAAUGGGCCAGUUCCCUGACAAGGCCUUAACUGUAUUAAGGAGUGUCAGUUUGAGAAUCGAAAAGUGGUGGAGGGAAGAGAAACGCUAUGAAGCUACGCAACUUCCCUCAGUUGGGAGUUAUUUUUCAGAAAGAAUAUCUGAAGAAAUCUGCAAUUCAGCUGCAAAGAUGGCCAAUCAUUUAGAGGUGGAUGCACUUUUUGUUUACACAAAGACAGGGCACAUGGCAUCUCUAUUGUCACGUUGCCGACCCGAUUGCCCAAUCUUUGCAUUUACUACGACUCCGUCUGUGCGAAGACGUCUGAACCUCCAGUGGGGCUUGAUACCUUUCCGUCUCAGCUUCUCCGACGACAUGGAAAGCAAUCUCAAUAAAACCUUCUCAUUGCUAAAGGCCAGAAAUUUGAUCAAAUCUGGUGACCUUGUCAUUGCUGUCUCAGAUAUGUUUCAGUCAAUACAAGUGAUGAAUGUCCCUUAAGAACAUGUUCCAAAGUGUUCCAGAUAUGUUUCGGGAUGCUGGUAGAGUAUGAAAAAGGAGCAGAAAGACUACAUGAGUGAAUUGUGUUUGUCAUUUUAAAUCUAUAGGAUACAACUUGAGUUUGCGAGAAUUUAUGUUUAUGCUAUUGGAGUUAUUUAUUAUAGGAUUUGUAGUAAGUGAUAUAUACUAGCUAUUUCAAUCUGAUGAAAGCAAUAUAGUGCAGUAUUCACCAUUUUAAGUUGUAAGACACUUCUGCAAUUUCUGUUGCAUUUGUAUUCAUUGUACUAGCUUUCAAGCCAUGUUGAGUAUAGUGUGAAAUAACAAUAAGAUUACACGUUAGUUACUUAA